CAUCGUCAUGAUCAACUCUAUGAUAUUGCUGAUAUUUCUUCUAUAUCAAAUGCUAGAUCUGAUCCAGAAGACGAUGAAAGUGCUUCGUUGGAUGCUAGAAUCAACCAUAUCAUACUUGGGCACCUCUUUGCUAGCUUACCGUUACAUGAAGAAUUGGUUCUUGAUGUCUGCCAGAAUGUCAGAGAUAUCUGGCCAGCACUGGAGCUGCUUAGUUCCAAGUGUCCCCGGCUCAAAUCUUUAAAACUGGGAAAGUUCCAUGGAAUCUGUCGUGGAAUAGCUCCUCAUCCCGACGGGGUUGCACUCUGUAAAGGGUUGGAAUCCCUGUCCAUCAAGAACUCCAUGGACUUGACUGAUGCUUGUUUGAUAACAAUCUCUUUUGGUUGCCCCAAAUUGGCCAAGUUUGAGGAUCAAGGAUGCAAGAAGAUCACUGAAAUAGGGAUCAAUAAAAUGGCUCAAAUCCUUCGGCAAACUCUGAUCAAUGUGAAGAUCUCUAGCUGUAAACAUCUCAACACUCAGGCCUCAUUACGUGCAUUGGAACCAAUUCAAAGCCAAAUCCAGCGACUUCACCUUGAUUGCAUGUGGGAAAGCAACCAAGCAUUGGAAGAGGAGGCCAGCAGUUCAAAUCAAUCAGCAGUUUUCAAGAACGUACAAACAAAUAGGAGAGAUGUCAUAUGGGAAGAAACAUACUCGGGGAAGCAAUGUAAGUACUUGGAUGUGUACUACACUCAAAUUCAAGGGAGAGGCAAUGAAGUCUCUGGCAGGACUUGGUCUCAGCUUCAGUAUCUAUCGCUUUGGAUUGCCGUUGGUAAGUUGCUCACUCCUUUGGCCUUGUUGGGGUUAGAGAAUUGCCCGGUGCUUGAAGAGAUAGAAAUCAUAAUCGAAGGCGAUUGCAGAUACCAGUCAAGACCUUAUGUGAAGGCAUUUGGAUUGAGUUCACUGGCAAGGUAUCCUCGGCUAUCAAAGAUGCAUCUGGAUUGUGGUGGUGCAAUAGGGUUUGCUCUAACUGCCCCUUCUGGGCAUAUGGAUCUCAGCCUGUGGGAACGGUUUUACCUUAAUGGGAUUCAGAAUUUCAAUCUCUCUGAGCUCGAUUAUUGGCCUCCACAAGACAGGGAUGUUAAUCAGAGAAGCCUCUCUCUCCCUGCAGCAGGAUUACUCGCAGAAUGUUCGAGUCUUAGGAAACUUUUCAUUCAUGGGACAGCUAACGAACACUUCAUGAUGUUUCUACUAAGAAUUCCAAAUAUCAGGGAUGUACAACUGAGAGAAGAUUACUACCCGGCACCAGAUAAUGAUACAAGCACAGAGAUGCGAGUUGAUUCAUGCUGUCGAUUUGAGGAUGCCCUGAAUAGGCAUCACAUACCAGACUGAGAAUAGGUUACACUAACCUUUCUAAUCCUUGAUGUGAAACCAGCAAAUUCUUGUUUCCUCUCCCAUAAAUAAUGCAGAAGAAGAUCAGAAUUAAAAAAUCCACAUAAAUGUUGAAAAGUUUGUGCUAGUUUCAUAGUAGUUUGGAGGACUCUGAAAUUAACAAGCAUCACCACAAUAAUAUCCGUUUAUUAAUUACAGCC